GACGUCAGACUCGCCGCAAUGAGCUUUCCUGUUCGAAUACAGUCAAAGCUGCGGCUGUCAGUGUUGACUUGUUGAUAAACAUAAAUGCCUUAGAGUUUGAGGUUAUAUGUAAGAAAGUAAUGGCAAAUCUGCAUACUUUAUUCAGUUGUGCUGUGUUUCUCUUGUUAAUUGUCCCUGACGAAUAGUCGGCAUUUUCCUGCACAAGCAGAAUGUAUACAAUUAAACCAUAUUAAGCCGUUGACCUCAAGAGAACAGUAACGACCUCACUUUCAAUCAGAGACUGGUAGCAUUAAACUGAAAUAGCCCAGGCGUUUCCCCAAAGCGAUGGCAAUGUAUACUGAAGACGAAGCGAACUCCUAUUUGAAGUAUCUUAAUGACUCUGAAACCCCCAAUGCUUAUUUGCUCGAAAAUAAUGAAGUGGGGCUGUUUUCAGUGGAGCCCAUAUUUACGGAAAUGGCGGCAUCUGAUUGGCCUCAUGAUGGGUUCCCGCUUCUAUUGACCAAUUCUUUGAUUGCAGAAGGUAGUUUGGAAGAGUGCCAAAGUAAUAACAACUUAGUUCACCCACCUAGUGAUGCUGAAGACCUACCUGAAAAUAUUGCUCUUCAAAAUAUUGACCACUGUCUAGAACCAACUGAUGAUGAUCUUACCACAAUUCAUCUAACAGAAGAAGGGUCUGAAAUUAGUUUGGAGCAUAUUGGCAAUGCAGUUUCGGUUCAGGAGGUUCCUUUCAUUCAAUUACAUAGCAGUAAUGAAGAUAUGAUGGAAACAUGUCUGCAAUUUGAUGGAAAUGAACUGGAGAAAGAUGAUUUGGAGGCUUUCAAGCGCGAAGAACCCGAUAGAGUUGUAAAAUCGCUAUCAGAUGAAAGUGUGUUAGUGACAAAUAAACGGAAACAUGCAGAUGUAGCCAAAAGAAUUGAACUACUAAAUUCCGAUGGAACUCCCAUUCCUAUUGACGAUUCAGUGUUGGCUAGUUUGAAGUUACGUGGCGCUCAGAAAAGAUCACCACCUAUUCAGGAAAAGCCUAAAUUGCAGCCAAUCAGCGACUUAUUCUCUACUGUAAUUGCCAAUAAAUGUAAAGUCUGUUCAUUUUUGUGCGAGGAUUUGCAGCAGAUUAAUGAACACAUCAGUACUAAACAUUUAGAAUAUAUUUUUAGCAAGGAAGCACCAUCGAAUAUGUCUGCAUUGGCAAUCAAUCCGAAACCUGUGGAAAAUAGAGAAUUCACCAUCUAUGUGUGCAGUGAGUGCCGUGCAGUUUGCACUACUAAGAAUGAUUUGAAAAAUCAUAUGAUCGGGAUGCACGGUUUAGUAACGCAGCCCCUGCCCGAUUCGAAUGGGUACCAAGAAACGUUAGCCGAACCAGUAAAGAAAAUGUCCGCAUAUUCAGAUGAUGUAAACCAUAUACUUGUUAGAAAGCAAGAGAAAAUGCUACAAAGAGUGAAGUGUACCGUUAAAGGAUGCAUAGCAGCAUUUCCGAGUGAAGAACUUAGACGAAGGCACGAAAGUCUUCACAUUGGCAACACCAAAAGUAUGUUUAAAUGUUCAGACUGUGAUAAGCAAUUUAUGUCGUGGGUCAUUCUCAGAGGGCAUAUGCACAAGGAACAUGGCAUCGAUUUUGGAAUGAUUGUCUGCCCCAUGUGCAGCAUGUUCAAAACUUAUAGAACUGUGAUGAUGUUCAAGCACAUGAUGAUUCAUUCGGAUGUCAAGCCGUUUUUGUGCAGCGAUUGUGGCAAAUCGUUUCGACAACUUUCGCAACUAAAAAAUCAUGAAGCUUCCCAUAAAAUGCCUGAUGAUAUGCCCACGUGGUCCAGAGUGAAAAAGUGUGAUAAAUGCAAUCAAUUUUUUGCGAAUUCCAAAAGUCUUAAAUGCCACAUCAAGACAGUGCACGAGAAAAUCAAGCCCUUCAUUUGCAAUAUAUGUGGACACAAAAGCUCACGGAAAGCUAUGCUAGAGUUGCAUAUGAGGCAGCACACCGCCUCAAAGCCGUUUAAAUGCGACUACUGCAACUACCGAACAGGAGACCACAAUUGUUUGAGAAAACAUGUAAUGAAACAUGUUGGGGCGGUGGGAUAUCAGUGCCCUUACUGCACAUAUACUUGCAUACAGGCCGGUUCACUGAAAGGCCACUUCCGAGCCAAACAUAAAAAUAAACCAGGCGUUUAUUUCUGUAAAUAUUGCGCUUAUAACACAAUCAAUGAUUCAUCCCUGAAUGCGCAUGAGAUCAGUCACCAUUUAUCAUCAAAAGGUACUUUAAAUAGUGAUAGCAACCUAGAGGCUAGGGAUAGUUUAAUAAAUACCGAUCUACAGACUGAUGAAGAAACUCAAAGUUGUUUUUUGAAUACCGAAUCCCAACUUGAGGAAGCAAUAGAUAAUGGCGGCAUAACAAUUCCUGCAGAUUUGGAAUUGCCUUAAUUGUAACUUUAAAUAUUAGGUAAAUUAGAAUAAUUAAAUAUAAUUUAUUUCUUCUUAAAAA